GGUCUUGAUGUCACAAUGAGACCGAUCUAUCCACUCCAAAUGAUGGUGUCUCUGGCGCCCACAUGACUCUGACUCAGUUGGUUUCUGGGCUUCCUCUCUGUAGGAGGAGAUGAUGGAAGCCCUCUUUCAGGCAGGGUCCAUUCUUAUGAAGGUGAAUACCUUACAGGGCAAGAAGAUGGUGGAGAGUGGGCUCCAGUCUGGGGACCUUUCUCUGUCUCCGUCCUGGCCCUCCUGCCUCCCUCUGCCGGCCGACCUGGAGAUCCUGCGGCAGAAAGUGGCUGCGGUGCAAAGGGAGCUGGAUGACUUCAAGAAGGAGGCUCUGAAGGCCAUCAGUUACCUGGAGGACGCCUUCUGCGACAUGAACGGAGUCCUGGCACAGCAGGAGGAGCAGGCUGCCCGAGUGAAGCAGCGGCUGAGGGAGGAGGAGGACCGUGGCAUCGUUCGCAACAAGGUGCUCACCUUCCUCCUGCCCCGGGAGAAGCAGCUUCGCGAACACUGCCAGCGUCUGGAGAAGAUGCUGGUCAUGAGCCACGAACCGCUGCGAGUCACCAGGAAGAGCCAGGCAGACUGAACGGCCUGCGCGUGCGCCUGUGCUGCCGGGCAACUGGAAGAUUUUUUUUUUAAUGGAAGGACAAACGCUAAGUCCCCAUUUAUUCCCCUUUCCCCAUUUUUAUUGCUUUACUGCUACCAAAAUAACACCAUACAGAGAGGAAAAAAAAAAAAAAGACCUCAAUAUGGUUUUUUUUGGGUGAAGUUCCGUUUAUCCAGCCUCGUCAAGGAAGGAGGCCCAGACACUAAGUCAGACCUGUAACCUUCACCUCGAACUGUUUCCUAUUUGCAAUGGUACAGUUGCUUGGAUGUGUAGCAUUCCCCCCCCCCCUGUAUAUUCUUAAAACCGGUUGUGUUGAACAGAUUUACCUUUCUUUUAAUGACUCCAGGCUUUUGUGAUUUAUGACUUAGCAAUUGGUUUACUGAGACCGGCCAAUGUGUGAUCUACACCAGCGGCUUAGUGAGGGGGAUUGCCCACAUCCUGAAAUGGCCUCAGAUGGCUACAUUGUGUAAUCUCUGAUCCCGCGGCUGGAUUUUUCAGUCUGCUGGCAUCGUUGGACUGUUGUCUGCCUCUUUUCCUUACCGCUUGUGUUCAACUCUGCUUCCUAUCCUUUUUGCCCCUAGACUGGCUGCUCUGUAUGGUGAACCCUGUUAGGGCUCAGACUGUAGAAUGCUCUGAUCUUACAGGGCGCCGGAGGGGACACUUGUAAGAUGGCACAAUAAAACAGUGACACUGA